GUUAAUUCGCCAUUGCUCAAUUCAUUGAUAUUGAUAUUGCCCCCUUCCCCCCACCACUCUUCUGCUUCCACACAACAUUUCUUUUCAGAAAGGAGCAACCGAAAAAAGUCAAGUUACUCACGAAUGAACACCUUUUUCUGCUGUUCAGUUCGCCCCCGUCGUCUGUUUGUUAUACUAACCUGACAACCUGACGGUAUACUGAAACGUCACCUCACAAAACUUAUUCCCUUUGCUUCUUGUAUGUUUCAAGGAGUUUGGGAAGGGGGCUCAUCUCUCAUCACUAACAAUGGCCCGCUAUUUUCCUGAACGUGAAAUUGAUGAAUUCAGAGAAUGCUUCUAUCUUUUCGCCAGAAGUGAGCAAAUACGAACCCUGGAUGAGCUAACAGUUGUUAUGCGAUCUCUGGGUAUGAGUCCAACAAUUGGAGAACUUAAGAGGUACAUGAAAGAAAAAGGGGGGAAAAUGACUUUUCCUGAAUUCUUAGAAGUCAUGCAUGAACAUCGCAAAGCGGAAGAUUUACCAAGAGAGAUUGUUGAAGCCUUUCGAGCAGCUGACCCUCACAGGAAGGGUUACAUUCCAGCUCGCCAGCUUCGGCACAUGCUUUUACGUUGGGGAGAGUGUUUAAGCAGCCGAGAAGUGGAUCAAAUCUUUAGGGAAGCCAAUGUGUCAACAAAUGGAGUAGUGAAGUAUGAAGAUUUUGUGAAGAUUUGUUGUGCACCAGUCCCUGACUACUAUUGAGUUUUUGGAAAGAAACAACAAAUGGCUGGUUUACAGUACUUAAGAUGUUUUUCAGCUCAUUUGCACAAGCUUUGAGAUGGAUUGUGCAUUGCAGUAUUAAGAGUUUGAUAGUUUUUCAUGUUAUGAUGUUGGGCUGGACCAUAAUUUCUGUACGACUCUUAAAUUUUAAAUACCUAGUAUAGACUUUGUAAAUUAUUAUAUUUUGAUUAACAGUAUAAGUUUUAUAAAGAGUAUCCCUAAUAAACACAAAACACUCACUUUAAGUCAAUUGCCUGUUUAGGACUGUCAAAAAAGUGAGUCCCUUUCUAAGAGAUUGACUCACUGACAACCAAAAACAGUCAAUUGGCUUAAAGUGAGCGUUUUGUAUUUACUGGGUCCAUUUCUACCCAUUCCAAGACGGUGUGAUUUUAUCUGUACAUAGGGAUUAAUUAUACGAAUCAAUAUAUACCAAAUCCAUA